UGCAACCUGUCACCACUUCCUGGUGAGAACUGCUGGGAGAGGAACGCAGCGCUGCAUCAAAGAUGGCACUUUAUCGGCGCAGAUUUGGUCAUUUUAGGGUUCACGUUGUAGAAAAAUAAGCCACGGGUUGUCGGAGCAGACAGCGGGGAGCGGGUGGCAGCGCUAACCCUCGUCGCGCUACGCACCUCCUGCUCUCUGAGCGCUAGCUAGUCCGCUCCACGGUGCUAGCUGGUUAGCGCAAAUAGUAAAUAUUAGCUUCUCGGGCGAACUGUCUCGUUGUGUAUUGCUAAAAUGGCCACCAUGGAGAAGCUUAUGAAGGCCUUUGAGUCUCUGAAGUCUUUUCAACAGCAGCAGGGACCGCCAACAGCAGAGGAGCUCGUUCAGAGACAAAAAAAGGAGCAAGCGGCGACAAAGAAGGACCGAGUGACCCACUGCCUGACGAUAUGUGAAAACAUCGUGGCUCAGUCGCUGAGAACAUCUCCGGAGUUUCAGAAACUGCUCGGGAUCGCCAUGGAGAUGUUUCUCCUCUGCAGUGAUGACAGUGAAUCAGAUGUCCGUAUGGUGGCCGACGAGUGCCUGAACAAAAUCAUCAAAGCACUGAUGGACUCGAACUUGCCUAGACUGCAGCUGGAGCUGUACAAAGAAAUUAAAAAGAACGGAGCGUCCCGGAGUCUGAGGGCAGCUCUGUGGAGGUUUGCUGAGCUCGCCCACCUCAUCCGACCGCAGAAAUGCAGACCUUACCUGGUCAACCUGCUGCCGUGCCUCAGUCGGAUCACCAAGCGCCAGGAGGAAACCGUGCAGGAGACGCUGGCCGCAGCAAUACCUAAGAUCAUGUCGGCCUUGGGCAACUUUGCUAACGACGGCGAGAUCAAGGUGCUCCUGAAGUCAUUUGUUGCCAACCUGAAGUCCAGCUCCCCCACCAUCAGACGGACCGCGGCCAGCUCUGCCGUCAGCGUGUGCCAACACUCCAGGCGCACAACUUACUUCUACACCUGGCUCCUCAAUGUGCUGCUUGGCCUGCUGCUUCCGGUAGACGACGAACACCCUAGCCACCUUAUUCUGGGGGUGCUGUUGACUCUUCGCUACCUGAUGCCUCUGCUGCAGCACCAGGUCAACACCAGCAGCCUCAAAGGCAGCUUUGGGGUGAUGAGGAAGGAGGCUGACGUACAGCCCACGCCUGAGCAGCUCCUGCAGGUGUACGAGUUGACGCUACACUACACGCAGCAUUGGGACCACAACGUGGUCACGGCUGCCCUGGAGCUGCUGCAGCAGAUGUUCAGGACCCCUCCGCCGGAGCUGCUGCACAUGCUCAUCACGGCCGGCAGCAUUGCUCACGCCGCCGUGUUUCGCCAGGACCCCGAGAGCCGCGCGCGCUCGGGCAGCAUCCUGGAGCUCAUCGCGGGGGGAGGGUCUUCCUGCAGUCCACUUCUUCUCAGGAAACAGAGAGGUAAGAUUCUUUCUGGGGAAGAAGACGGGUUGGAGGACGACCCCGAGAGAGCGGAGGUCGCCGCCGGAGCCUUCACAGCAGACGGCUCCUCGGCUGCCCAGGUGGACAUCAUCACAGAGCAGCCCCGCUCCUCCCAGCACACGCUGCAGCCCGGCGACUCUGUGGACCUCAGCGCCUCCUCGGAGCAGGGCGGCGGCGGGGGCGGGACGUCCCCUUCAGGCACCCCCGAAUCGCCCAACGAAAACGAGGAGGACAUGCUGAGCCGCAGCUCCAGCGGCGCCAACGUCACCCCAGAGACCGCCGACUACACUACACCGGAAAACCCCGCCCCUGAAGGAGGGGGGCCGCUCGGAACCAACGAUCGAUCCCUUCCACCGAGCGAUUCCUCCCAGACGACCACAGAGGGGCCGGACUCGGCUGUGACCCCUUCAGAUGUGGCAGAGCUGGUCCUUGACGGCAGCGAAAGCCAGUACUCUGGCAUGCAGAUAGGAACACUACAGGACGAAGAAGACGAAGGAGCGGCAGCGUCUUCCUCCCAGGAAGAACCCUCAGAGCCCUUCCUGCAGUCGGCCCUCGCCCUGAGUAAGCCUCAUCUGUUUGAGGGCCGAGGUCACAACCGACAGGGUUCAGACAGCAGCGUGGACCGCUUCGUGCCGAAGGAUGAGCCCGCCGAGCCCGAACCCGACAAUAAACCGUCGCGGAUUAAAGGUCCAAUCGGACACUACACGGACCAGGGGGCGGAGCCACUUGUGCACUGUGUGCGUCUUCUUGCUGCUUCCUUUCUUCUCACGGGGCACAAAAAUGGGUUGAUCCCUGACAAAGAGGUGCGAGUGAGUGUGAAGGCCUUGGCGGUCAGCUGCGUCGGAGCAGCGGCGGCGCUGCAUCCAGAAGCGUUCUUCAACCCUCUCUACCUGGAGCCACUGGAUGGCGUCCCGGUCGCAGAGCAGCAAUAUAUCAGCGACAUUCUGGGCCUCGUUGAGCACGGGGACCCCCAGAUCAGAGGGGCCACGGCCAUCCUCUGUGCAGCCAUCAUCCAAGCUGCGCUAACCAAAACGCGUUACAACAUUCACACCUGGCUGGCCGGUGUGCACACUGCUACAGGUAACCCGCUGUCCCUGGUGGAUUUGGUGCCUUUGCUCCAGAGAACUUUAAAAGACGAUUCCUCGGUCACCUGCAAGAUGGCAUGCGGCGCAGUCAGGCACUGCAUCGCCACGUUGUGCAGCAGCACUCUGAGCGAGCUGGGCCUGCGGCUGGUGAUAGACCUGUUCGCUCUGCGGGAUUCCUCCUAUUGGCUCGUUCGCACCGAGCUCCUGGAGACUCUGUCCGAGUUAGACUUCAGAUUAAUCAAUUUCUUGGAGAGGAAAACAGAAACUUUGCACAAAGGAGAUCAUCACUACACCGGGCGACUGCGGAUCCAGGACAGGGUCCUGAACGACGUGGUCCUGCAUCUGUUGGGAGACGACGAUCCAAGAGUGAGACGCGUGGCAGCCUCUGCCGUUAGCAGAUUAGUCCCGCGGUUGUUCUUUGACUGCGACCAGGGCCAGGUGGACCCAGUGGUGGCGAUCGCCCGGGACCAGAGUUCAGUCUACCUGCAGCUACUUAUGCACGAGACGCAACCGCCCUCCCAGUUCACCGUCAGCACAAUCACCAGGACGUACCGAGGCUACAGCUCCUCUAACUCUGUGUCCGACGUCUCGUUGGAAAACAACCUGUCCAGGGUGGUGACUGCCGUCUCCCACGCUUUCACGUCUUCUACCUCCAGAGCGCUAACUUUUGGCUGCUGUGAGGCCUUGUGCCUCCUGGCGUCGAAUUUUCCUGUUGGGACGUGGAGCACAGGCUGGCACUGUGGCUACGUUAGCUCUAGCAGCAACUUGUCUUCUCGUUCUAGUCUUGACCGCAGCAGAGGCAGGACGCUCAGUUUGUCUCAGAGCAGCAAUGCUCCAGGCUCUUUGGCCACCUCCUCUUCUGCUCCGGAGUCUGAGCGGAAGACGCUGACUAUAGGAACGGCCAACAUGGUGCUCUCCCUACUCUCCUCCGCCUGGUUUCCUCUGGAUCUCUCUGCACACCAAGAUGCACUUUUGCUCUGUGGCAAUCUGCUUGCUGCCGUGGCUCCUAAAUGCUUACGCAACCCCUGGGCCGGAGAGGAGGAAGCGAGCACUGGCAACACCGCCGCAGGCCCGAAUAAAACAGAGGAACCCUGGGCAGCGCUGUCGGAGCGCCCCCUGGUGGCCAUGGUGGAACAGCUGUUUUCUCAUCUGCUAAAGGUCCUCAACAUCUGUGCCCACGUGCUGGACGACACGCCGCCGGGACCGGCAGUGAAGGCCGCUCUCCCCUCCCUGAGCAACACGCCGUCGCUCAGCCCCAUCCGCAGGAAAGGGAAGGAGAAGGAGACGUCUGAGGCGAACGCCGCCCCCAUGAGCCCAAAGAAGAGCAACGAAGUCAACACAGCAGGCAGGCAGGCGGACAGCACCGCGUCAGCAGCUGUGAACAAAUCCAUCACCCUGGGCAGCUUCUAUCACCUGCCUCCGUACCUCAAGCUCUACGACGUCCUCAAAGCCACUCACGCCAACUAUAAGGUGACGUUGGAUCUUUACAGCAGCCAGGAGAAGUUCGGAGGUUUCCUGCAUGCUGCCUUGGACGUUUUGUCUCAGCUGCUGGAGCUGGCCACGCUGCACGACAUCGGAAAGUGUGUAGAGGAAAUUCUGGGCUACCUGAAGUCCUGUUUCUCCAGAGAACCGACCAUGGCCACCGUUUGCGUGCAGCAGCUGCUGAAGACGCUGUUUGGGACCAACCUGGCCUCCCAGUACGAAAGCGUGCUGAGCGGACCCAGCCGCUCCCAGGGCAAAGCGCUGCGCCUGGGCUCGUCCAGCCUGCGCCCGGGCCUCUACCACUACUGCUUCAUGGCUCCGUACACACAUUUCACACAGGCUCUGGCUGACGCUAGCCUCCGCAACAUGGUGCAGGCCGAGCAGGAGCAGGACACCUCUGGAUGGUUUGACGUGAUGCAGAAGGCGUCCAACCAGCUGAGGUCCAACAUUGCCAACGCCACACGUCACCGGGGGGACAAGAACGCAAUUCACAACCACAUUCGUCUGUUCGAGCCGCUGGUGAUCAAAGCUUUGAAGCAGUACACCACCAGCACCUCUGUGGCCCUGCAGCGACAGGUGCUGGACCUGCUGGCCCAGCUCGUGCAGCUCAGAGUCAACUACUGCCUGCUGGACUCCGAUCAGGUGUUCAUAGGAUUUGUCCUAAAGCAGUUUGAAUACAUUGAAGUGGGGCAGUUCAGAGAUUCUGAAGCCAUCAUCCCGAACAUCUUUUUCUUCCUGGUGCUGCUGUCGUACGAGCGGUACCACUCCAAGCAGAUCAUCAGCAUCCCCAAGAUCAUCCAGCUGUGCGACGGCAUCAUGGCGAGCGGCAGGAAAGCCGUCACCCACGCCAUUCCCGCCCUGCAGCCCAUCGUUUAUGACCUGUUUGUGUUGAGGGGCUCCAACAAAGCCGACGCGGGCAAAGAGCUGGAAACCCAGAAAGAAGUGGUGGUGUCCAUGCUUCUCAGACUCGUGCAGUACCAUCAGGUGUUGGAGAUGUUCAUCCUGGUUCUGCAGCAGUGUCACAAAGAGAACGAGGACAAGUGGAAGAGGCUGUCCAGGCAGAUCGCAGAUGUUAUUCUUCCCAUGAUUGCGAAGCAGCAGAUGCUGCUGGACUCUCCAGAGGCGUUAGGAGUGUUGAACACUCUGUUUGAAACCGUGGCGCCCUCCUCUCUCAGACCGGUCGACAUGCUGCUGAAGAGCAUGUUUACCAUCCCCGUCACCAUGACGUCUGUGGCCACCGUCCAGCUGUGGGUGUCGGGAAUCCUGGCGGUGCUCAGAGUACUGGUGUCCCAGUCCACCGAGGACAUCGUCCUGUCCCGCGUCCACGAGCUGUCUCUCUCCCCACACCUCCUGUCCUGCUACACCAUUCAGCGCCUGCACCACCAGAGCCCGUCCCCCGGCGACCCGCCCGCUGCCGACCCGAGCUGUAACCAGGAGGCCAACGGAGACGCUCAGAAGGUUCCACCUGAAGAGACCUUCGCCAGGUUCCUCCUGCAGCUGGUCGGCGUGCUGCUGGACGACAUCUCCAGCAGGCGGGUUAAAGUGGACAUCACGGAGCAGCAGCACACCUUCUACUGCCAGCAGCUGGGCACGCUGCUCAUGUGUCUCAUACACGUCUUUAAAAGCGGAAUGUUUCGCAGGAUCACGGCCGCAGCCAGUCGGCUCCUGAAGGGCGAGGGCGGCGGCGGGCCGGCGGGUCCGGAGGCCGGGCUCUACUACCCUUUAGAGGGACUGAACGGCAUGGUCCAGAGCCUCGUCACCACCCACCCCCCUCUGGUGCUGCUGUGGUGCCAGGUCCUCCUCAUAAUCAACUACACCAACUACUCCUGGUGGACCGAGGUCCAUCAGACGCCCAGGGGCCACAGCCUCUCAUGCACUAAGCUGCUCAGUCCACACUCGUCUGGGGAAGGAGAAGAGGAGAAGCCAGAGUCUCGGCUGGCGAUGGUCAACAGGGAGAUUGUACGCAGGGGAGCCCUGAUUCUCUUCUGUGACUACGUGUGCCAGAAUCUCCACGACUCGGAGCAUUUGACCUGGCUGAUCGUCAACCACGUGCGAGACCUCAUCAGCCUCUCCCACGAGCCUCCGGUGCAGGACUUCAUCAGCGCCGUCCACCGCAACUCCGCCGCCAGUGGUCUCUUCAUCCAGGCCAUCCACUCUCGAUGUGACAACCUCGCUACUCCCACCACGUUAAAGAAGACGUUGCAGUGCUUGGAAGGCAUCCACCUGAGUCAGUCCGGCUCGCUUCUCAUGCUUUACGUGGACAAGCUGCUCAACACGCCGUUCAGGGUUCUGGCUCGCAUGGUGGACACGCUGGCGUGCCGCCGGGUGGAAAUGCUGCUGGCCGAGACGCUGCAGAACAGCAUAGCCCAGCUGCCUGUGGAGGAGCUGGAGAGGAUUCAGGAGUACCUCCAGAGCAGCGGACUGGCUCAGAGGCAUCAGAGGUUCUACUCCCUGCUGGACAGGUUCAGAGCCACCGUCGCCGACACCAGCAGCCCGACGCCUCCGGUUACGUCCCACCCGCUGGACGGGGAUCCACCCGUAACCCCAGAGAAGGUCGUCGCUGACAAGGAGUGGUACGUUGCUCUGGUGAAGUCCCAGUGCUGUCUUCAUGGGGACGUUUCCCUGCUGGAGACCACAGAGCUUCUCACUAAAUUACCCGCUGCUGAUCUCUUCGCUGUCAUGAGCUGCAAGGACUUCAAUCUCAGCCUGUUGUGUCCAUGUCUGAGUUUGGGGGUGCAGCGGUUGACCCGGGGUAAGGGGUCUCUUUUGCUGGAGACCGCUUUGCAGGUGACCCUCAGGCAGCUAGCAGAGGUCACCGGGUCACUUCCUGUCCCACACCAGUCCUUCCUGCCACCGCCUGAGCCCCAGCCGUACUGGAACCAGCUGGGCGACGUGUACGACGAGCCCGGUUUCUACCCCAGGGUUCUGGCCCUGUGCCGAGCCUUGGCCCAGUAUCUGCUGAGCGUCAGUCAGCUGCCUUCGUCGCUGCAUAUCCCGUCAGACAAGGAGCAUCUCAUCACCGUCUUCGUCUGCACGGCUGCUGAGGUGGUGGUGUGGCGGCUGCUUCAGGACCGUCUGCCUCUGAGUGUGGACCUGCAGUGGGCGCUCUCCUGCCUGUGCCUGGCCCUGCAGCAGCCCUGCGUGUGGAACAAGCUCUCCACCUUCGAGUACAAGACGCACACCUGCUCCCUCGUCUACUGCCUGCGUCUCAUCAUCGCUGCCGUGGCCGUGCAUCCUGGUGACCGGCUGCUGCAUCCAGAGAAGAAAAAGGCUCACGGAGACGGGGAAGACCAGCUGGACUCGGCCCGUCUUAACAACAAGUGCGAGUGGCAGGCAUGUGAGAUCAUGGCAGAGCUGGUGGAAGGACUGCAGAGCAUCCUCUCCUUGGGUCACCCGAGGAACUGCGCUUUCCCCGCCUUCCUCACGCCAACGCUGCGAAACAUCGUCAUCAGCGUUUCCCGCCUGCCUCUGGUCAACAGCUACACCAGAGUGCCUCCGCUGGUUUGGAAACUGGGCUGGUCCCCUCAGCCGGGCGGAGAGUUUGGCACCACGCUGCCGGAGAUCCCCGUGGACUUCCUGCAGGAAAAGGACGUCUUCAGGGAGUUCCUCUACCGCAUCAACACUCUGGGCUGGAGCAGCAGGACUCAGUUCGAGGAGACGUGGGCCACUCUGCUGGGGGUGCUGGUCACCCAGCCAAUCACAAUGGACCAGGAGGAGGAUGCACAGCAAGAGGAGGACCUGGAGCGAACCCAGUUGAACGUGCUAGCGGUGCAGGCCAUCACCAGCCUGGUGCUGAGUGCCAUGACCCUGCCCACCGCUGGCAACCCCGCAGUCAGCUGUCUGGAACAGCAGCCCCGAAACAAAAGCCUUAAAGCUCUGGAAACACGGUUUGGAAGGAAACUCGCGGUAAUUCGUGGCGAAGUGGAGCGAGAGAUUCAGGCUCUGGUGUCGAAGAGGGACAACGUCAGCACGCACCACCCGUACCACGCCUGGGACCCCGUGCCCUCGCUGUCGGCAGCCUCUGCAGGGACGCUGAUCAGCCACGAGAAGCUGCUGCUGCAGAUCAACACCGAGAGGGAGUUAGGCAACAUGGAUUACAAACUGGGGCAGGUCUCCAUCCAUUCAGUCUGGUUGGGUAAUAACAUCACUCCCCUUAGGGAGGAAGAAUGGGGUGAGGAUGAGGAAGAUGAAGCAGACACUCCGGCGCCCUCCUCCCCGCCGUUAUCGCCUAUAAAUUCAAGGAAGCACCGUGCAGGGGUGGACAUUCAUUCGUGCUCCCAGUUUCUGCUGGAGCUCUACAGCCAGUGGCUGAUCCCAGGCUCUCCCAGCAACAGGAGGACGCCCACCAUCCUCAUCAGUGAGGUGGUCCGAUCGCUGCUGGCGGUGUCGGACCUUUUCACGGAGAGGAACCAGUUUGACAUGAUGUUCUCCACGCUGAUGGAGCUCCAGAAGCUUCACCCGCCCGAAGACGAGAUCCUCAAUCAGUACCUGGUGCCGGCCAUCUGCAAGGCCGCCGCCGUGUUGGGCAUGGACAAGGCGAUAGCCGAGCCCGUGUGCCGCCUGCUGGAGACGACCCUGCGCAGCACCCACCUGCCCAGCCGCAUGGGGGCGCUGCACGGGGUGCUCUACGUGUUGGAGUGCGACCUGCUGGAUGACACGGCUAAACAGCUCAUCCCCACCGUCUGCGAGUACCUGCUGUCCAACCUCAGGGCUAUUGCUCACUGUGUGAACCUGCAUAACCAGCAGCACGUGUUGGUGAUGUGUGCAGUGGCCUUCUACAUGAUGGAGAACUACCCUCUGGAUGUCGGCGCCGAGUUCACGGCGGCGGUUAUACAACUGUGCGGCGUGAUGGUGUCAGCCAGCGAGGACGCCACGCCCUCCAUCAUCUACCACUGCGUCCUGCGUGGACUGGAGCGCCUCCUGCUGUCGGAGCAGCUGUCCCGCCUGGACGGAGAAGCUUUGGUCAAACUCAGCGUGGACAGAGUCAACAUGCCGUCGCCCCACCGGGCCAUGGCGGCCCUGGGCCUCAUGCUCACCUGCAUGUACACCGCGGUGCUCGCGUCGGGCUCCGAUGCGACCGGGGUUAGAGGUCAGGUUGACUGUGCUGUUGCGGAGGCGGUUGGCGUCACGGCGGGUCAUGUUGGUUUCUCCUCAGGCAAGGAGAAAGCCAGCCCUGCCAGCCGCCCCGCCCACUCAGACCCGCAGGCCCCGGACAGCGAGUCGGUCAUUGUCGCCAUGGAGAGGGUCUCUGUGCUCUUCGACAGGAUCAGGAAGGGUUUACCCAGCGAGGCUCGGGUUGUGUCGAGGAUUCUGCCGCAGUUCCUGGACGACUUCUUCCCGCCGCAGGACGUCAUGAACAAAGUGAUCGGAGAGUUCCUGUCCAAUCAGCAGCCGUACCCGCAGUUCAUGGCCACCGUUGUCUACAAGGUCUUCCAGACGCUCCAUGCCACGGGUCAGUCUUCCAUGGUGCGCGACUGGGUGCUGCUGUCUCUGUCCAACUUCACGCAGAGGACGCCGGUAGCCAUGGCCAUGUGGAGCCUGUCCUGCUUCUUUGUCUCCGCUUCCACCUCCCAGUGGAUCUCUGCCCUACUGCCACACGUGGUCAGCCGGAUGGGCUCCAGCGACGUCGUGGACGUCAACCUCUUCUGCCUGGUCGCCAUGGAUUUCUACCGACACCAGAUCGACGAGGAGCUGGACCGCCGGGCCUUCCAGUCCGUCUUUGAGACCGUGGCCUCGCCGGGGAGCCCCUAUCACCAGCUGCUGGGCUGCCUGCAGUCCAUCCACCAGGACGCCUCGCUCUGAAGGCGGGGCGCGCCGGGACGGGCAGACAGACAGACAGGCAGACAGACAGACAGGCGGGCACAGAGAGACGGCCGGGGAGGCAAAGUGAAUUAGAGAGAUGAGUAAUCGAAUCUGGACGUUGGGCUCCCUGAUAAAUGGCGACAGAAGGGGAAGAACAGGAUGUUUAUUCCACAAAAGCUACUGAAGCCACAGUCUUCACCCUUUUUUUUUUUGAAAAGUGUAAACUGAACCCACAAGCGUGAGUUCGGUGGCCACGGGUAUAGAAAUGAAGGAUGAGAUUUUAGAUCUAUUAAACUAUAUAAGAGGCCGAGUUGGGAAGAGCGAGUCCCUGCCUGUAGGUGAAGGACAGCUCCUGCAGACUCCUCUGCCCCCCCCCCUUC